UUUUAGUGACAAAUCGUUACGUUUGUACGUCAUAGUAACGUCAUUAACGUUGGGAACGCCCACCCCACAAUCAGCUGUUUUUAAAAUUAUUCGUCAUUGUUUAUUUUAAGAAAGUUUUGCUGAUAAGAUAAUUAUCCAUAAUAUUGUCAGUCUAGAUUCAAGGUAACCUUUUCGGAAAAUUAGAUAUUGGUCAUGUCUGCAAAAACUAAACGUGAUCGCUCCAACAGAGAUCUUUCGCAGUAUGGAAUAUUUGGUAUCCCAUCAAUGGACAAUGGUGACAAUGACGAUGAUGGUAACGAUAGCGAUUUAGAAGCUGAGCUGCUCGCUUUGGCAGGCGGUAAACAGAAACGGGCACAGCGUAAGAAGCCAGCUCCUGUAGCUAAUCUAGAUGUGAUGAUAGCCGCAAGUCUGCGUGAUAUUCCUUCAGAUGAAGAAUUAUCGGGAGAUGAUGAUGAUCCAGAUUUAUUGAACGAAUUAAGCCAAAUUACAGGAGAUGAACCUGAGCCUGAUCCAACACCUAAAUCACCAGAACCUCAGACUGAUAUCAUGCCACUUUUACAAAGUCGUUUAAAAAUGUACGAAACUGCAGAAGCAAAUGCCACACAGUCAGGAGAAACGAGUCGAGUGAGGAGGUUGGGGCGUGGUAUUAAAACAUUGAAGGAUCUCAUAAAACAAGCAAGUGGUGGGCGUGGCAUAAAUCGUGACGAUAUUCCACCCGAGGUUGCUGUUACCGUUAAGCCUAAACCUGUUGAAAAUGAACAAGCUCAACCUACAAGGCCUGCUCCUACAAGUCCUCUUAUUGAUUUUGAGGCGCCCCCUCCUGUAGAACAGCCUUCGCCAGAAAUUUCUCCAUCGGGCCUAAGUCCCGAAAAUGAGGAAUUAUUAAAGUUAUUAAAUAGUCGUAAAGAUGAAUAUAAAAUGGCUGCAUUGCAAGCAAAAAGAGGGGGAAAUGGUGAACUUGCGAUGAAGUUUAUUAAGACUGCAAAGCAGUUUGAAUUAGUGAUCAAAGCUGUGGAAAGUGGACAGCCUGUUGAUUUGAGCCUAAUGCCAGGACCACCGGCCGAAGAGGUGGCUCGUGAGGAAAGUGAAGUGCAGAAACGAAGUGAUUCGGCGGAAGAACCCACAGAAGAUUCACCCAAACCCGCUCUGAUUACAGCAUCAUCUGUUGGGGAAGCCCUACAACAGCGAUUAGAAGUAUACCAAAAGCAAGAGGAAUCCGCCAAGGAACAGGGAAAUGCGAGUAAAGCGAGAAGGAUGGGCCGAAUUGUCAAACAAUUUCAAGAUGCCAUUAAGCUUCACAAUGCCGGAAAACCGGUUCCGGUUGACGAAUUACCCACACCUCCAGGAUACGGUCCAAUUCCGGUACCGGCGGCGGCAAAACCUGUCGAACCCCCAAAACCGCAAGUACCAGAGAGAGUCGUGGCGCCAAAGCCUUCGCCGUCGCAGCCGAAAAUUGUCAAAAAGAACUCGGCGCUGUCGCGAAUUGACAAACAAGUUGAGAUGUUGAAAGCGAGGCAGAAGGAGUUUAAAGACGCCGCUUUGAACGCGAAGAAAAAGGGCGAGUUGGAGCAGGCAAAGGAAUAUUUAAGAACUGCAAAAGGAUUUGAUCCGUUGAUUGAUGCAGCGCAGGGAGGGCUGCCUGUUGAUAUCGCAACAUUGCCAGUGCCUCCUUCUGUUAAAUCACAACUGGAUGAAGAAUAUGGAGUUGUUUUGGCCGAAGAAGUUGAAGAAGGAGGCGAGAUCGAUCCCGAACAUUUGGAUAUUCUCACACGACUUGAGCAGCAGCUAACGAAACAAUUGAAGAUGGCACUAAGCACUAGAGACCAUAACAAGGCGAUCGGAGACGUUGCCGGCAUGAACCGUUUUGAGCAUUUGGCGUUGAGCGUCACGCGAGAUUUAGAUAUAAUUCGAAUAGCUAAACGAAAACACACUAGUCAACUGCCUAAGUUUCAUUACGAGACGAAAAAUUUCUCAAUUGUUAAAAGUUUUACGGAACUGAACGACAACGACCUACAGUUAACUAUUCUUAGGGGUAUUAAUUACAAUUGCAGCAAUCCGGACAGUAUCGACACAUACGUUAAGUUUGAGUUUCCGUUUCCACAGGAAGAACCUGUUAGAAACAAAACUGCAGUAGUUAAAGAUACCAAUAAUCCUCAAUAUGAUGAAACGUUCACAUUACCAAUACAAAGGACGGCCAGGCCAUGUCUUCGAGUGUUCAAGAGGCAGAGUGUGAAGUUGGAAGUGUAUUCUAAAGGCUGUAUUGCUAGCGAUUGGGCUUGCUGUUUCAGUGGAUUUUUUCGUGGCGACACACUCCUAGGAACCGUCACUGUUAAACUUCAACCUUUGGAAACUCGGUGUGAACUUCACGAAAGUUUUGAUCUGGUGGAUGGAAGGAAAAAGGUAGGAGGGAAACUGGAAGUACGAUUGCGAGUUCGUGAUCCUCUAGUUACAAGACAAAUUGAACAGCUUUCAGAAAAAUGGCUUGUUUUAGAUCAUUAACGCUUAUGUGAUACUGUCAUGUUAUAAGUAACAUAUUUAAAUAUGUUAUAUAUAGGUAUAUAAAAUAUUUUUUAACUUGUUAUUUAUAUUUGUAAUAUACAUAUUUAACUGCUGAUGUUGACGCUUGCUUGCUUGCUGCAAGUAAUUACCUACACUUUUCACAUCCAGGUAUUACUACAAUAUGUCAUGAAUAUUUUGUAACGUUGUUGUUUUGAUUAAAUUGAUUAUUUAGC